AAAUUAGAAGUAGUCGAAUGAGAAGUCAAAACCGAAUUGAGAACAACUCAGAACAGCUGAAAUUGGGAAGCUUUCCUUCUCCGCAACCUUAAAAACUAGUACUUUCCUCAAACUUUACUCUUACUUACAGACUCUGAUCGUUGUUCCAGAAAAAAAAAACCAAACUUUAUUGAGUUUUUCAAAUCCUGCCACCUUUUGUUUUGCUUCAUAGCAUUCACACCGAUUGGUUUCUAUCAUCCCCUGCAAAUGGGUCGCUCUCUAUAAUUGCGGAAGGACCAAAAACAGGAAAGAAGUGAUUGUUACUCCACAUCGUGUGUGAAGAUGACGAGGCGGUCUGUGUCUAUUAUGAAGUGCACAAUGUUCUUGCUGUUUCUGCUGAAGAUCAAAUGUGUAUUCACGGAUUCAGAUUACUUGAUCGGUCUUGGAAGCUAUGACAUCACGGGACCUGCAGCUGAUGUCAACAUGAUGGGAUAUGCUAACAUGGAACAAGUAACAUCCGGUGUUCACUUCAGGCUCAGAGCUCGCACGUUCAUCGUGGUUGAGCCAGACAGGAAAAGGAUUGCUUUUGUUAAUCUUGAUGCUGGUAUGGCCUCACAGCUUGUGACUAUUAAAGUGAUUGAAAGAUUAAAACAGAGGUACGGUGAGCUUUAUACGGAGGAAAAUGUUGCAAUUAGUGGAACUCAUACUCAUGCUGGUCCAGGGGGUUAUCUCCAAUACAUUCUGUACUUAGUUACAUCUCUCGGGUUUGUUCAUCAAUCGUUUAAUGCUCUUGUGGAUGGUAUAGAGCAAAGUAUCAUACAAGCUCAUGAAAAUCUCCGUCCGGGGUCCAUUUUAAUCAACAAAGGGGAGCUCUUGGAUGCUGGUGUGAACCGUAGUCCCAGCGCAUACCUUAACAAUCCAGCACAUGAACGUAGUAAAUAUGAAUAUAAUGUUGAUAAAGAGAUGACACUUGUCAAGUUCGUUGAUGAUCAGUGGGGUCCUGUGGGUAGUUUCAAUUGGUUUGCAACUCAUGGCACUUCGAUGAGCCGCACAAAUUCCUUGAUCAGCGGGGACAACAAAGGCACUGCAGCACGUAUCAUGGAAGACUGGUUUGAACAGAAAGAAGCCCGCGUGUCAUAUGAUGUUGAAUCUCAUAGAAGAGUCUCAAGCAUAAUCACAGAUCCUCAUGAUCAACAUGUACUGGAAAUGGCGUCCUCUUUACCGUCUAUAGGCGGUAAAACCGUUACAAGGAUGUCAAGCGUUGCUAGACGGGUCAGAAGUGGAUUCAGACACGCUGACAAACCUAGCUUUGUCUCUGCCUUCUGUCAAACUAACUGCGGAGAUGUUAGUCCGAACGUGUUGGGAGCCUUCUGUAUAGACACAGGCCUUCCUUGUGACUUCAACCACAGUACUUGUGGUGGAAAGAACGAAAAGUGCUACGGCCGUGGACCAGGUUACCCUGAUGAAUUUGAGAGUACUCGCCUUAUUGGUGAGAGGCAGUUCAAGAAGGCUGCGGAUCUUUUCACUAAAGCCUCUGAGGAGAUACAAGGAAAAGUUGACUACCGCCAUGCUUUUGUUGAUUUCUCUCAGCUUGAAGUGACGAUUGAUGGACAAGAUGGAGGUUCCGAAGUGGUGAAAACAUGUCCAGCUGCAAUGGGUUUUGGUUUUGCUGCAGGAACAACUGAUGGACCUGGGGCAUUUGACUUUAAACAAGGGGAUGAUCAGGGGAAUCCUUUCUGGAGGCUUGUAAGGAACCUUCUCAAAAAUCCAACUGAGGAACAGGUCCGGUGCCAGCGACCUAAACCCAUAUUGCUUGAUACCGGUGAAAUGAAACAACCAUACAACUGGGCGCCGUCGAUAUUACCAGUUCAGAUCCUCCGCAUUGGCCAGCUAGUGAUUCUCUGCGUCCCCGGAGAAUUCACAACAAUGGCAGGGAGGCGACUACGUGAAGCAGUGAAAACAGUGCUUAAGGAAGGCAGCAACGGAGGAGAAUUCAGCGUGGUCAUAGCUGGGCUAACCAAUUCGUACUCGCAGUAUAUCGCCACAUUUGAGGAAUACCAAGUGCAGAGAUAUGAGGGUGCAUCAACUUUGUAUGGACCUCACACGCUAAGCGGAUACAUUCAAGAAUUCAAGAAACUAGCAAAAGAUCUUCUAUCUGGUCAAACCACUGAUUCUGGUCCUCAGCCACCUGACCUACUUCACAAGCAAAUAAGCUUACUAACACCUGUGGUUGCGGAUAUGACACCAAUUGGAACUGCAUUCGGAGAUGUUAUAUCAGAUGUUCCUCGCUCUGCCAAAUUCAGGAAGGGAACUGACAUAGUGACGGUUCAAUUCCGGUCAGCAAACCCGAGAAACGACCUGAUGACGGAAGGGACUUUCGCGCUUGUUGAGAGAUGGCUAGAAGGAAGAGAGACGUGGGUACCUGUUUAUGAUGAUGAUGACUUUUGCCUCCGGUUUAAGUGGUCAAGACCGUUCAAACUCAGCACGCAGAGCACAGCGAGUAUCGAAUGGAGAAUCCCUGAAACAGCAACACCUGGCGUUUAUAGAAUCACUCACUUUGGUUCAGCUAAAACACCUUUGAGUUCCAUUCACCAUUUCUCUGGUUCAUCUAGUGCCUUUGUUGUAUAUUGAAAUGAACAACACGAAUAGUCUUACACAUAUCCGUAGCUAGCAACAACUUCCAUAGAAAAAUGUAGAAAUACCCGUCUGUACCUAAACAGUAAACCAGUUGAAUUUUUUUUUUAUCUUGUAUAGAAA